AUGGCCUCAAGACGCGACGUGGACGACAUCCUAGGCUUAGAUGCGGCACUGAAGCCCGUUCCUCCGCCUCAACGACAAAAGACGGUCCAGAAGACGCAGCAGAGACGGAAGGGUGGCAUUGCUCGAGAACUGGCCGACCUACAUGGCGAUCGCGAUCAAGCACCGGUGGUGAUCCAGGACGAGAGCAAAGCAUAUCGGGGCAAGAAAUUGAUCGACAAGAAGCCAGUGCAACGAUGGGCAUGGACACCUUUCGUUAACUCCGCACGGUCAGACGGACUGGUCUUGCGACACUGGAAGAAGGCUAAGGUAUCGCACAAGCCUCUCGAGGGGUCUGAAGACACCAAAGAGAAUUUUGCGAGCACUGAACCCGAGGUGGAAGAGGAUUCUGCGUUCGCCAAAUACAACGUCCAGAUAGAAACCCCACAAUACACCGACGAGCAAUACGAGGCGCAUCUUCGCAACGAUGACUGGUCAAAAGAAGAGACGGACUAUCUGUGCCAACAAGUCAAGGCAUACUACCAGCGGUGGCCCGUCAUCGCGGAUCGUUACGACUUCCAACCUUCCGAACCCUCUCAAGAAGCAGAACCUCCAGACGCCGCCGCAACACCGCCGAAGACCCUCAAACGCCGCUCCAUGGAGGACCUGAAGCAGCGCUACUACCAACUCUCCGCCAUCUGCAUGACUCUCCAAACACCCGUCUCCCGCAUGAACCCUUCCGAGUUCAGUCUCCACGAAACCCUUUCCAAGUUCUCCGCCGCGCACGAGACAACACGCAAGAAAUAUGCCGAAAGCCUCCUCCGGCGCAGUGCCGACGAGAUCAAGGAAGAAGAAUUCCUGCUCGCCGAACUGCAGCGCAUAGCCCUCAACUACAAGAAGCUCGAGACAGAGCGGCAGGAGAUCAGGCAAAGGUUGGAAGGACCGCAGACCUCUGGCAAUACAAGCGUCGCGCAAUACUCGACGAGUCCUGGGCUACAGCUUCUCUUUACCCAACUCAUUACUGCGGAUAGGGCCAAGAAGCGUGGCCGGCUGUCGCUGAAUAUGGGCGACAUGAUUGGGACGCCGAAUGGCGCUCAAACGCCCGUCUCCGGAGGCGGACCCGGCCAUCGCGAUUCUAUCAGUGUCGCGGCAGGCUCGGCCCAGCAGAAGAAAGGCUCUGCCCCGCAAGCUGCGGCUGCGACGCCUACCAAUGGUCCCGCUAAACAGCUCUCCCCGCGGCAAGCGGCGCGGUUCGGGUACUCCACUCACGAGCGUCUCACAUCUGGCGUCACCUUCAGGCUCGACAAGCUGCUCAAGAUCCGGCAGGCGAAAUCGACAAUCCAGACGCAGAAGAUCGCGGCCGCGCUUGCGGAGCUGAAGGUCCCAGAGCUGUUGCCCUUGCCGACGGAGCGGGCGUGCGAUGCGCUAGAGCGGUUGGUUGGCACGAUCGUGAAGCUGUUGGAUGUGCGGAAGGUGCUUGAGAAAGAGGAGGCGGAGCUGAGAAUUGCAGAGGAGACGCAGAAGGCACUGGAAGGGGGUCCGGGGGGGCAGGCACUGCAGGCGGGGGAGGAGCAGAGUGAGGCGGUAGAUCCGGGAGAAGGGGAGGAAGGGGCGGAUGGCGCUGCUGCUACCGCUGGGGGCGCGAAUGGAGAGGCGGAUGCUGAUGGAGAUGAGGAUGUCAAGAUGGAGGAGGCGAGCAGCGGUGCCAUACGACCACCGUCUUCUGGUGCUGGGCAGGCAGGUCAUAAGCGUUCCGCGAGCGUGAUGAGCUCGGCUAGUAACAAGAGCAACAAGAGACCGAGGAAGUGA